UUAAAAAAGGUUCUCUUACAACUAAUUUCCUGUAGCAACCCAAGCGCAAAGAGGAGAAUAUUUAGAGUAAUAAGAUGCAUUAAGUUGAGAACGAGUUGAUGCCUGUCUUUGAAUGCACUUGAAGUGUUCUUUAUUUUUAAAGCAGCAUAAGGCACUCGAGUGUUUGUUUUCCCCUCCCUGGAAUGGGAAAAUAAGAAUCUCCUUGGAUUGGAGUCCUCCGGGGUAGGGAGUGAAAGCCCCGGUGGCAGGAAGGGACGGAGAAGAGGGGCUUGCCCAGAGCAUGGAUAGGAAAGGAGCAGGGGCUCUCCAGGGCUCAGCGCGCACUGAGGAUCCGUGCCCGGGGCUGCAGCUGCGGAUGAGAAAGGCGCUGUCUGGCUAAUGAAGGCCACCUGGAUCAGGCUUCUGAAAAGAGCCAAGGGAGGAAGGCUGAAGAAUUCGGAUAUCUGUGGUUCGGCAGACUCCUACACCAGCCGUCCGUCCGACUCAGAUGUUUCUUUGGAGGAAGAUCGGGAGGCGGUACGCAGGGAAGCAGAGCGACAGGCCCAGGCCCAGUUGGAAAAAGCAAAGACAAAGCCCGUUGCAUUUGCUGUUCGGACAAAUGUCAGCUAUAGUGCAGCCCACGAAGAUGAUGUUCCAGUGCCAGGCAUGGCCAUCUCCUUCGAAGCAAAAGAUUUUCUGCAUGUUAAGGAAAAAUUUAACAAUGACUGGUGGAUAGGGCGAUUGGUUAAAGAAGGCUGUGAGAUCGGAUUCAUUCCAAGCCCAGUCAAACUAGAAAAUAUGAGACUACAGCAUGAACAGAGAGCCAAGCAAGGGAAAUUCUACUCCAGUAAAUCAGGAGGAAAUUCAUCAUCCAGUUUGGGUGACAUAGUACCUAGUUCCAGAAAAUCUACACCUCCAUCGUCCGCUAUAGACAUAGAUGCUACUGGCUUAGAUGCAGAAGAAAAUGAUAUUCCAGCAAACCACCGCUCCCCUAAACCCAGUGCAAACAGUGUAACGUCACCCCACUCCAAAGAGAAAAGAAUGCCCUUCUUUAAGAAGACAGAGCACACUCCUCCUUAUGACGUGGUACCUUCCAUGCGACCCGUGGUCUUGGUGGGCCCAUCUCUGAAGGGCUAUGAGGUCACAGAUAUGAUGCAAAAAGCAUUGUUUGAUUUUUUAAAACACAGAUUUGAAGGGCGGAUAUCCAUCACAAGGGUCACGGCUGACAUCUCGCUCGCCAAGCGCUCAGUGUUAAACAAUCCCAGCAAGCAUGCAAUAAUAGAAAGAUCUAACACAAGGUCAAGCUUAGCGGAAGUUCAGAGUGAAAUUGAAAGGAUUUUUGAACUUGCAAGAACAUUGCAACUGGUAGUCCUUGACGCAGAUACUAUUAAUCAUCCAGCUCAACUUAGUAAAACUUCCUUGGCCCCCAUUAUAGUAUACGUAAAGAUUUCUUCUCCUAAGGUUUUACAAAGGUUAAUAAAAUCUCGAGGGAAAUCUCAAGCCAAACACCUCAAUGUCCAGAUGGUAGCAGCAGACAAACUGGCUCAGUGUCCUCCGGAGCUGUUUGACGUGAUCCUGGACGAGAACCAGCUGGAGGAUGCUUGUGAGCACCUUGCCGACUAUCUGGAGGCCUACUGGAAGGCCACCCACCCCCCCAGCAGCCAUCUCCCCAACCCUCUCCUUAGCCGGACUUUAGCUACUUCGACUCUGCCUACUAGCCCCACUCAAGCCUCUAAUUCACAGGGUUCUCAAGGAGAUCCGAGGACUGCGCGCUCUGCUCCUGCCCGUUCCGCCUCCCAAGCUGAAGAAGAGCCCUGCCUGGAACCCGUCAAGAAACCCCACCACCGUUCUUCGUCCUCCGCCCAGCACCACAGCCAUCGUGGUGGCACGAGUCGAGGCCUCUCCAGGCAGGAGACGUUUGACUCGGAAACCCAGGAGAGUCGAGACUCUGCCUACGUGGAGCCGAAGGAAGACUACCCCCCCGAACACGGGGACCACUACGCCCCACACCGCGACCACAACCACAGAGAAGAGCCCCACGGGAGCAGCGAGCACAGACACAGGGAAGCUCGACACCGUGCCAGGGACCUGGAUCGAGAGCAGGACCACGGCGAGUGCAACAAACAGCGCGGCCGGCAUAAAUCCAAGGAUCGCUACUGUGACAAGGAUGGAGAAGGCAUAGCCCGGAAACGGAACGAGGCUGGGGAGUGGAGCAGGGAUGUUUACAUCCGCCAGUGACUUCUGCCCUCUUGUGUGUUUGUUCUUUUUUUUUUUUUUUAAGUCUUGUAUGACACCAUCCUCAGACUAAAUCUCUGGGGUCUACAUUGCAGUCAGAUGUGAUCUGUCUUGUAUACUCUGUAUUGCUGUUGCUUGAAUAGCAAUAGCAUGAUUGAUAAGGAGUAUUAAUAUACCUUUUUUUUUCCUUUUGCAAGUGCUACGUAAGUUGGCCUCGUAUGGCUGCAGUGCUCCGGUUGUAUACUGGACUUUUCAAAAACUGUUUGGGGUAGCUGCCACUUGAACAAAAUCUGUUGCCACCCCGGUGGCUUUAGUAUUUUAAGAAACAUAGUUGAUGUUUUCAAAAAUGUAGUUAAUGUAUCCAGCAAGCCAGAAUUGGCCCAGAUAAAAGUGGAAUUUCCUGAUUCUCCAGAUUUUUAAUAUGUAGGCACCAGAUCUGCAUACUCAUUUAUCCAUGGACCACUGUUUCUUGCUUGUACCUCUGGCUGACUAAAUUUGGGGACAGAUUCAGUCUUGCCUUACACAAAGGGGAUCAUAAAGUUAGAAUCUAUUUUCUAUGUACUAGUACUGUGUACUGUAUAGUUUGUAAAUGUUAUUUCUGCAAACACCUUCUUAUGAUAAUUAUAUAUAUAAUAUAUAAAUAUAUAUAUAUAUAUAUGUUUGAUCACACUAUUUUAGAGUCUUAAUGCCAAGUCAGCAGAUUUGCUUUAUGAAUUACAGGGACUAGAGAUGCCCACCUUCAGGAAAUUUGUUAUAUCGUCUAGACACCUACCCCCAUUCUCGUAGAAAGUCUGUACAUACUGUAAAUACGCGUGAUUGCUUGACUUGAAAAGGUUUGAUUUCUGAAUGUUUUACCAUCCUUGUAAGUUUAUAACUUUGACCAUAAAUUAUGGUAAAUAUAACCAAACUCCAAAGGUUGUUCUAA